AUGGAACAACAACACAGAUUCACCUUCUUCAUUUCUCUUCCCUUAUUCAUCUUCUUCCUAGCAGCUUCAAUCCCACCCACAACUGAAUCCAAAUGCACCAAAGGCUGUUCAUUAGCCUUAGCCAACUUCUACCUAGCAACUGGCACCAACCUCACUUAUGUUGCAGGUAUCAUGAAAUCCCCAAUUCUCACAAAACCAGAAGAUAUAGUUGAAUACAACAGAGACACUGUCCCUAACAAAGACAUCAUUCUUGGCGGCGAAAGACUCAACAUUCCGUUCCCGUGUGAUUGUAUCAACGGCGAGUUUCUUGCUCAUAGUUUUAGUUACGAUGUUCAAACCGGUGAUACCUAUGCUUCUGUUGCUGGAUCCAACUAUGCUAAUUUAACCAAUGUUCAAUGGUUGAGAGCGUUUAAUAGUUAUCCGCCGAAUAAUAUUCCUGAUACUGGAACGUUGAAUGUUAUGGUUAAUUGUUCUUGUGGAGAUAGACAGAUUGCGGAUUAUGGCUUGUUUGUUACCUAUCCUCUUAGGCCUGGUGAGACUUUGGGGUCUGUCGCGAAUUCGACUAAACUUGAUUCAGGGUUGCUGCAGAGGUAUAAUCCUGGUGUGAAUUUUAAUCAAGGGAGUGGACUUGUUUUUAUUCCUGGCAAAGAUAAAAAUGGUAGCUAUGUGUUAUUGGAUAACAGUUCAGGAGUUCUUGCUGGCGGGGCUAUUGCUGGAAUAGCUGUUGGAAUAGUUGUUCUUCUGUUAUUGGCAGCUGCUGCAUAUUUUGGAUACUUCCGAAAGAAGAAGAUACAGAAGGCGGAUUCUCUUUCACGAGAUUCCACUUCACUUUUCCCUCAGGAUGGGAAGGAUGAAACUUCUCGUAAUGCUGUGAUCACCGGCAUAACAGUCGACAAAUCAGUUGAAUUCUCAUAUGAUGAACUGGCAGCUGCCUCAGAUAACUUUAGCAUGGCUAAUAAAAUCGGUCAAGGAGGUUUUGGCUCUGUCUACUAUGCAGAGCUGAGGGGAGAGAAAGCUGCAAUAAAAAAGAUGGAUAUGCAAGCAACAAAGGAAUUUCUUGCUGAAUUGAAUGUCCUGACACGCGUUCAUCAUCUUAACUUGGUGCGGUUGAUUGGAUAUAGUAUUGAGGGAUCUCUUUUCCUUGUCUAUGAAUACAUCGAGAAUGGAAACUUGAGUCAGCAUUUGCGUGGUUCAGGUAGAGAUCCACUGCCAUGGGCUACACGUGUGCAGAUUGCUUUGGAUUCUGCCAGAGGUCUUGAAUAUAUCCAUGAGCAUACAGUGCCUGUAUAUAUCCAUCGUGACAUAAAGCCAGCAAAUAUAUUGAUAGACAAAAACUUCCGGGGGAAGGUCGCUGAUUUUGGAUUGACAAAACUGACGGAAGUUGGAAGCUCAUCACUUCCCACUGGUCGUCUUGUAGGCACAUUUGGAUACAUGCCACCAGAGUAUGCUCAAUAUGGAGAUGUUUCUCCCAAAGUAGAUGUUUAUGCCUUCGGAGUUGUUCUUUAUGAAAUUAUUUCGGCGAAGGAAGCAAUCGUCAAGACCAGUGAAUCUGUUGCUGCAGACUCAAAGGGACUUGUAUCUAUGUUUGAAGGAGUUCUUAGUCAGCCCGAUCCUACCGAAGAUCUUCGUAAAAUAGUGGAUCCAAGGCUUGGGGAUAACUAUCCUGUAGAUUCAGUGCGCAAGAUGGCUCAACUAGCGAAAGCGUGUACACAGGAAAAUCCUCAACUGCGUCCGAGUAUGAGAUCCAUUGUGGUUGCUCUUAUGACACUUUCUUCAACUACGGACGAUUGGGAUAUUGGCUCCUUUUACGAAAACCAAAAUCUUGUGAAUCUUAUGUCAGGAAGAUAG